GCUGACCCGGCCCCGCCCCGGCCCCGGCGGACCCUCCGCGCCGGUCGCCCCCCCGUGUCCCGUGCUAUGAGUGUUUGCCGUGACUUCUCCGCGAGCAGCUGCAAAUGAAAAUGGAGGAUAUGUCUUUGUCUGGCCUGGAUAACAGCAAACUGGAGGCCAUCGCACACGAGAUCUACACGGAGCUGGUGGAGGAUGCCUGCCUGGGGCUCUGCUUCGAGGUGCACCGGGCUGUCAAGUGUGGGUACUUCUUCCUGGAUGACACGGACCCCGACAGCAUGAAGGACUUUGAGAUCGUGGACCAGCCGGGCGUGGACAUCUUCGGGCAGGUGUACAACCAGUGGAAGAACAAGGAGUGCGUGUGCCCCAACUGCAGCCGCAGCAUCGCCGCCUCCCGCUUCGCCCCCCACCUGGAGAAGUGCCUGGGCAUGGGCCGCAACAGCAGCCGCAUCGCCAACCGCAGGAUCGCGAGCAGCAACAACCUGAACAAGUCAGAGAGUGACCAGGAGGACAACGACGACAUCAACGACAACGACUGGUCCUAUGGCUCUGAGAAGAAAGCAAAGAAGAGGAAAUCGGAUAAGGUGAGGGGGCAGGGGGUGCUGUGGGGUGUGGGGAGACCAUGGGGGGGACAUGGGACACCCCUCAACACCCCCCUCUUGUUGCAGAACCCCAACUCGCCCCGCAGGUCCAAGUCCCUGAAACACAAAAAUGGUGAGAUCGGUGGGAACCCCGAUCCCUUCAAGUACAGCAACUCGGCAGGAAUCAACUACGAGACGCUGGGCCCCGAGGAGCUGCGGACACUGCUCACCACGCAAUGCGGGGUCAUCUCCGAGCACACCAAGAAGAUGUGUACCAGGUCCCUGCGGUGUCCCCAGCACACGGAUGAGCAGCGCAGGGCAGUCCGGGUUUACCUCCUCGGUCCCUCCGCGUCCCUGCCCGAGGCAGAGGCCGGCGUGGAGAACGACAGCUUCGAGGUGGCCGAGAGCCAGGCCCUCAUGAGCCGCCUGCAGUGGGACGGCUCCUCCGACAUCUCCCCCUCCGACUCGGCCUCCUCCAAAGCCAGUACAAACAACUCCGAGUCCCGCAAGACCAAGAAGAAGAAGCCCCACCUGGGGCUGGUGAGCGGCGCCCCGGGGCUCGGCUCCAGCAAGAAGAAGAAGCCCAAGCCCCCCGCCCCCCACACCCCCAGCAUCUAUGAUGACAUCAACUGAGCCCCCCAGAGCUGGAGGGGGGGCCAGGACGGACAGACGGACGGCCACGGGCCGGGGCAGCCCCCCCAGAGCCCCCUGGGUUGGACACAAAGCGGGUACCUGGGGCAUGGAGGACUCGGCCGUCGCUGGAGCGGGGCUGGAUUUGGGGAGCCCCCACUAGUGCCCCCGUUCCUCCCUGCCUGCCCCAGUGCCUCUAUUUAUUCUGUGACAGUUUUUGUACGUGGGGCUCCCGUUGGGGCACUGAGGGGGUGCCUGGCUCGGACAUGGGGGUAUGACCACCCCCUUCCCCUCCCCAGUGCCCCCCAAAUCCAGCUGUGCCCCCUCCCACACCCACUCCUCACUUACCCCAGCGGGGUGGGGGGCACCUGAACCCCCUGGGCAAGUCCAGGCCUGGAUGAGGGGGGUGUGGAUCCCCUCUGCUGCAGGGUUUUGGGGUGAGCCCCCCACCCUGGGCUGCCCCCCCAUCCCUGCCCCAGGCUGGCUCUCGCUGGUUGGGCUGGCUCAGGGGUGGGGGGCACGCUGGAGGGGGGUGUUUCCCACUCAGAGGACAAGUGGGGACACCCCCGUGCCCCAAAUCUCUUCAGCUGUGUCUGGAUUCAGCUGGUGGGGGCCUGGCAGUGCCCUCACACGGGGCUCUGGGGGGGCUGCAUGCUGCAUCCUUCGUGUUUGGGGCUGUUUGGGGGGGGCUCUGGAGGUGGGGGGGUAGCUGCUGUGACUGUCUCUGUGCUGAACUGUGUGGGGAGGGGGGGCCCCAACCUGCCAGGGACAGCCUGGGGGGGCUGAGAGUGGAGCAAAAGGGGGGGGUCUGGCUUCAAGGCAGAGCCCCCCCACCUCAUACCCCCAGGGCAGCUCUGUUGUUCCGCUCCCCGCAUGCCCGGGGACCUGCUGCUGCAAUCAGGGGGGUCACUGGGGACCCCCCACCAGCUCUGGCUGGUGUUUGCACUCCCACAGGCUCUGCUUUUGGCUGGGGGGGCCGGGACCAGCACCCUGCUGUGUGGGCUGGGGGGGGGACAGGUCCCUCUGGCUGGAUCCAGGUCACCCCCAGCCCCACGAUAACGCCCCAACCCGAGCUGUUCUUCAUCACAGGGGCUGCAUCAGGGACAGAGUUGGUUCUGUCCCCUCCAUUGUACCCCCCAUGGCAGUCUGACCCCCCCCCCCCCCACCUCCCUUGGCCCUGUGUCCCUGGGGGGGACUGUGUCUGUCCCCCCACCCCAGUGCCGUGGCUCGUCCUCUUGGUGGGGCUCACAAAUUAUGGUGCUCUCGACUCUGGAUUCACUAUUGUUUUCAAACUGCUGCUAAAGGCUGGGCUGGGGGGGGGGUCCCACAGAGCCCUGGGCACCCCAAAACGCUGCGGGGGGGCCCCUCCUCACUGCAUGGGGACCCCUGUGUGGCCCCUCCCAGUGUGGCUUUGGGGCUGGGGGGGCCUGGCCACCGGAGCGCACCAAGCUGGCCUUAGUGUGCCCCGGGGCCUGCGGAUGGGGGUGUGGGCACCCAAAAACACAGGGGGUCACCCUGAGCCCCCCCUCAGUUGCCUGGGGAGGGCGCAGCGAGCUGGGGUCUUGAGGGGGGGGGGAACAGCUUUAGCCCCCCUGGCUGCGGGAGAGGCGCUGCAAAUUUGGGGUCCAAGGGGUGUAACGGGGCUUGGGGGGGGUUGGAUGUGCCCUGUGACCCCCCAGGUCAGUGUCCUCACCCCCCAGCCCCCAGUGUUUCUGCGUGUCCCCCCUCCCGGGGGGAGCUGAGCCCUUGUGAGGUCUGUGUGUCCCGUGAGUGGGUUGUGGCUGCCCCUGUAAAUAAAACUGCAUCUUGACUUGGUA